AUGGCUGAAGACCGAAGAAAAGUAGUCAUGAGAUGGGACAUCGACAUAUUAGUAAGGAUUUUCAAGAACUAUUUUACUUUCCUUGAGUUGACUUGUGUAUUAGCUCAUGUCUGUAGAAGAUGGCGUGCAGCUUGCUGCGAUCUCACUUUUUGGAACACGCUCGAUCUAUCUCACAUGAGAUCUUCUUUCAUCAAGAUCCCGCAGGAGCCAUAUGUGUACGUGGAGAGCCGCUCUGAUAAGCAGCUGACUCGGACCUUGAAACUCUCCAUGAGUCUUAGCAAGAGAAACACAAGGACCUUGAUUUUCAAUUACAACUUGUUACCGACGGCUGACAUGGGUCUUUACACCGCAAAAAGGUGUCCAGAUUUGAGACGCUUAGUGCUACCAGGUUGGUACAGACUGAUGAAGAAUAAGGGUUUAUUCAAUGCCAUAAGAUUCUGCAAAAACCUAGAAUCACUGACAAUGCCAAGCAUCCCGCACCCGAAUUUUGUCUUUUCAUCGAUCGCCAAGAACUGCAAGAACUUCAGAGAGCUUAAGGAAAUGGGACCCAUCGAGCUCUUAUUCGCCCAAAACCUCGUCCAGAUCCUCCCGAACAUCAAAGUCCUCAGCCUCAGAUGCAAUUCCAUUGACCGAGAUGCCCUCAUAAAAAUCUUGGAUGAACUAAAAAGCCUCGAGGUUCUCAACAUUUCUCAUUCUUACCUCGUGGUCCAAAAGCUGGAGAAGAAUAAGAAGAAGCUCAAUAUUGUGAAGGAAGUUGACGAUGAGAUAAUGGACAAGGCCUCGAAACUUAGGCAGUUUGUGACUUGUAUGAAGCACGAGACUUGUGUCAUGUGUCAGAGGACAGAGAAAGACGAAGGGAUCAUGAGGUGGUAUAAGUAUGAAGAAGGGCUAUGGAAAGCAGAUGAAAUAAACUCCCUUCAUCUCUAA